AUGGGCUCAAAUCUCGACCCAGUUGAGCUUGUUCUCGAUCUCAACGGCCCGUUUACCUGGGCCGACUGUGGAUCCAUCUCCGCCUCUGGAUCCAGACAGCCCGUCAAGGCCUGCUCCCUCAAGUGCUCCAUGGCCGGGCCCACCAAGGGCUGCUUCACUCAAAGGUACAACUCCAGCAGUUGUACCUUGCCGGCCGAGAACACGGCCUCGGGAGCCUCUGCUUCCGGUGAGGUGGAUGAAGAUGAGAUAGCUAUGGAGUUUUGGGCCGGGCCGGGCCUCUCGAGCUCCUUGGCCAGAAAUGAGAGAUUUUUGUUUUCUUGUGCACCGACCUCGCUGCUAGAAGGGCUGGCCGAUGGAUCUAAGGGCGUGUUUGGGUUGGGAAAUUCAAGAAUUUCGCUCCCCUCCCAAUUUUCCACCUCCUUCGGACCACCAGCAGUCAUGUGGAAGAUAGUCAACAAAUCCUACCUCUGA